AACCGACCGUCCGACGUCAUAACAAUAACAUGCAUCGCCACACACUUCAUUUCACUACAGCCAACACCACCGCCCACACACGGCCACUGGUGUAGUCGUAGCUAGGAGACACCCGUCACCCUAACUACGCGUAUCAUAAAGGAGAUAAUGGCACCCAAACUUGAUGGAGUAGAGGUAUUGAGAAUUGUUCUACCAGGAGAUGAAGUUUUGCAGUUUAACCCUGAUGAACAAUGCAUCUUUAUAGGACCAGGGCUUCGCUGGCAAGAAAAUGUUAUUUGUGCAACGCGUUCAGGUGUCCUGAAGAAAACUAGUAAGAAUUUGUACUAUGUAGACACUCGUCAAAAACGCUACAUUCCUCACAAAAAGGAAUUUGUUGUUGGUACAGUCCAGAAGAAAAUGGGGAACAAUUAUAUUAUUGACAUAGGUGGAACUGAACAGGCAACUAUAUCAGACUUGGUUUUUGAAAAUGUCUCUAAAAAGACUGGAAAAAAAAUGAAACCUGGAGACCUCAUCUUUGGACAGUUACUUGUAGCAAACAAGGACAUGGAACCUGAACUAGUGUGUAUUGAUGUAUUUAAUAGUUCAGUAGGAAUAGGAUCACUUCCAGAUGGUGGUAUUGUAUUUACUCUUCCUUUACAUGUCGCUCGUUUGAUUGCAAAUCCACAAAAUUCACUGUUAUUGAUUAUUGCUCGGAGGCUCAAAUAUACAAUAUUGGUUGGCUUUAAUGGCAGAGUGUGGCUGAAGGCUCGAAGGCAGAGGGAGAUGGUUGCUAUAAUGAACUGCCUUAAAAUGUUGGAAGUAAUGACACCGGAGGAAGUUGAGGCGAAUGUUCAUAGGUUCCUUGAUUCUUUGCUACUGCACUAGUCAUAUAUGAUUAGAUUAUUUUUACAAAGCUCGUACCACUGAAAUAGAUAAUUAUAUAUAUACAGUACUUUGGUAGAAUUCUUAGUUUAAGAACUUUGUUUUCUGAGGCUCUUCCAAACUGUUGCUGUGAACUAGUACUGUAUUUAUUUGUAGAAUAUAAAUAAAUGAUCAAAAAUGA